GAUAUUGCGAACGUUAGAAUUUUCGCGCCUGAGGAAAGUACUUCUCAAAAUAAAACUCUCCUGUGAACUCUGUAGACAGGUCUUAAAUAACAAUUCAUGGUUCCUUAAAGCUAUGACAUUUGAAAAUUCUUCUAAAGACCAUAUGAAGUUGCUGUAGGACGGAUGAGUGGUUAUAUUUGUGGUGAAAUCGCCGCAAAUUAACGUUACACGGAUAAACUGGUGCAACCCCAUUGGUUUGUACGUGUACUCGGUUUUCAGUGUUCUACGCCAUCACACGAUCACGAUGGAAUCUUCCAAGUGAUGGAACAGGGAUUCAGACUAAAUAACAUUGCUUUGACCAAGACCUUUACCUUGAAGUGAGCCCCCACAUACCAGUGGGAGGGGAGAAGGAAUAUUUUUCUAUAUUUUAGAUCGCGAAACUUGAAAAUCUACAAUGUUUUGGAAAUUUGACGUACACACUACGUCUCAAGUAGACACCCUGCUGGAGAAAGAGGAUGUUACUCUACUGGAGCUCCUUGAUGAGGAUGACAUCUUGCAAGAAUGUAAAGCACAAAACAAGAAGCUGAUCGAUUUCCUCGUCCGAACAGACAUCAUGGACGAGUUGGUUGGCCUGAUCACCAAGGAACCAUCGGGUGACAUGGAGGAACAGCUUCAAUAUAGACAUCCAAAUAUGGCUUGUGAGUUACUCACAUCAGACGUUGGUGCCAUCAGUGAUAAACUCGCUGAUACCGAGUCGGCGAUGACAGCACUCUGGGCUUUCCUGAACCCCCAGCCCCCUCUUAACCCUCUACUGGCCAGCUUCUUCAGUAAAACCAUCGGCACCCUUCUGGUGAGGCGACCCGAAGUUGUCAUCGACCAUCUCAAGAGUAAAGACAACUCUAUAGGUAUCAUCCUGAACCACUUAGGCACAUCGGCCAUCAUGGAUCUCCUUCUAAGGCUCAUCACAUGUAUAGAGAGUAGGGAAGUUCGACAGGAAUUCUUAGAGUGGCUGAACGAGCAGAAGUUCAUCCAACGUUUAGUGGAUCUUAUCGACCCCGAAGAGGCUGACGACAAGCACAGCAACGCAGCGCAGACGCUCUGCGACAUCGUUCGUAUCACAAGAGAACACAUGUCUCAGCUGCAGGAGUGCGCUGAGAACGACCCGCUACUCGCAACAUUAGAAAAGCAAGAAACUGUAGCUGAGUUAUUAGAGCACAUGUUUCAUGGGAAGAAAUCUAAAUCAGCACUAGUGAACGGCGUAAGUGUUCUGCUUGCCUUGUUGGAGUUCAAGAAGCAAGGCAUGGUCUUGUCUUUCUUUAGGCCCGAGGGACAAGAGCAGAUGACCGCCCUGGACGCGGAGAGGCUGGCCCACGGUGUCAGCGGAACCCUGAAGGCUGUAAUACCUCAGUUGACUGAGCUUCAUCAGUUACUAACUGACCCUCCAGAACAAGAACCUAUGCCGACCACGGUUGGUAAACUAGCCCCACCGUUCGGAGCAGUUCGUCUUCAAGUGUGUAAACUCAUCGCAGCGUUGCUCGUCACCAAUACCCAGUCUAUCAACACAGAGCUGUCCAAAUUGGGAACAAUCAAAUCGCUAUGGGAGCUUUUAUUUCAGUACCUAUGGAAUAACUUUCUACAUUUGGAAGUAGAGAAAUCUAUAAGUACCAUUCUGACAAAUAACCCGACCGAGUCAGAAGAAGGGAAGACACAACACCCACUAUUAGUACAUCUAUUCACAGACUGCAAGCUGAUUCAGAGGAUACUGGAUACAUGGGAAGAGAACGACCAGUCCCAACAGAAGGGGGGAUCUAGGAGAGGGUACAUGGGUCACCUGACCCGCAUCACCAACACUGUCAUCCACGAGAUGGAGAAAGGCUGCAAUUGUGAACAGAUUAAAUCCUUAUUUCAAGAGUAUGUUCCAGAAGAUUAUAGAGAAAAAUGGAAUUUGUUCCUCGUUGGUAGUUUGUCAGAGCUUAACAAACGCAAUACAGUAGAUUUGGUUGGUACGCAUCCAUUGCAUUCCUCUAGUGAGGAUGACGAUGGUGACUUUGGGAAUAUAGACUUUGGUAAAGACACUGCAGUACAACAGGCGUUCUCUGAUUAUCAGAUGCAACAAAUGACGUCCCAUUUUAUUGACCAGUUCGGAUUCUCCGAGGAGGACUUCACCAAGCAAGAGGACAAUGUCAACAAUCCUUUUGAUACCAUAUCAGACAUCAGUUUCUCAAUAUCAGCCAAUGAAGACAAUCCCAAUUCAGCGUUAUUUGAAGCAUGCUGCAAUGAAAGAAUAUCCAAGUUUAAUGAUAACAACAGUGACGAAGAAGAUAUGUGGGAAGAGAAAGAGCUGACGUUCUCAUCAAAUGUGGACGACUCUAGAACCUGUGAUUCAACUGCUGCACUCGCAGGUGGCAGUGAUAACGACAGCGAUAGCGACGAAGAACACACAAAAGAAGAAAUCCCUCGUUCUCCGCAGCCAUCACCAUCAAUCAGUGAAGAGACAAAGAUGGAUGUCGACUCUGGUGACACCUGGACAGCCAACUUCGACGAUGUACCGAUGGACGGAAGCGUAGCCAUGGAUACCACACCAACUGCUUGGGCGGAGUCGUCACCACAGGCGGGCAGCACCCAAGACGAGGAGUCUGAAACAGGGUGGGCCAACUUUAGUGAUUUCAAUGCUGGGUUUAAUGCUGUCAGUCCGGAGGGGCCUAGGAGUAGCUCCCCUGUUGCCAUGGACAGCGAGUCCUCUCUGGAUGAGGUUACCGGCCAAGAAGAAGCUACAAGUAGUGAAGCCACACCCUUGUACCCCGCCCAACCUGGUGCUGCCUACGUAGUUUCAAGUAGUCCUGAAAAGCUUUCGACGGAGAAUAGUCAUAAUACAGUGGUAACAAGUAGCAUUGGAACAACAACACAACUAGGAAAUGGAGCUGAGGAAAGAGAAAUGGUUGUAGAGGCAAUUAGCGCCCAAGUCGAGAAACCAACCCCUUCCAGUCCAGCGGCACCAGUCUCAACAUUGCAUAACUCCCUUCCUGCCUGUCCUCCCUCGUCCCCGCCCACCUCCCCUCAACCAGACAGCACCGUCGCCGAUCCGCAGAGUGUGUCGUCGCCGGACGCCAAACUCACAAACUCAACGACCUCAACGGAAGAACAGCAGCAGCAAGAGAACUCUAAUGAAAUGAGCUCAAGCUCGGACACUCUUAGUAGCAAACAAUCAAAUGUCCCGCUAGGGGUCGCGUCUCCUAGCAGUCCGAACAAUUCUGUGGACGAGUCAAGGCUCCAAGAAGUUGGCAGUGAGUCACCCAAAGGGGAGGAGAGAACAAAUGCAGUUGAGACGCAGCAGAAACCUGUAUCUACAGUUAUAGAAGUUGUCGAUGGGCACGGAAGUCAAUCUCAAGGAGAUGAGGACCUGGACGAUAACUUUGAUUUCCUAGCAUCCAGUGGUCUAAUGAAGGCUGGUCCUGACUUGUCACCUAAACCCAAUGGACCGACCGAGACCGAACGUAUAGAGAAAGCAAGAGCUGAAGCAACAGCUGCUUUGAACCAGUUUGCAGCAGCUACAAAGCAGAAUGGGCCGGUUUGAUGCAGUCUGUUCCGGUUUGGAUCCGGUCUCGACCGGAUCCACAUCCAGACUUACAUGCACAAAUUAAAAACUCCCAAAAGCACCCCCAUCAGAAUUUGCUUUGAUCUCCAACCAGAGACUGAAGUUCAUAGAUGCUGAAUCAACUGGCCAAGGUGUACCACAAUCAACACUUUAUUUACGGUUUUAGAAAAGAAAAAGAAAUCUUUUUCUUUAAUUUGUUUAUUUUUAAGAUUGUUUUUUAUUUACAAAGUAUUCUUUGAAGUUAAGGAUAGGUAAAACACAUAAUCUGUAUAUUGAGCAUUUAUCCCAAAAUACAAAAAUUUGGUUGGGGUGAAAACUCUACCGUGUACCCCAAAGUGGCAGUCCUUUCUAUUGAGGUGCCAAAUUCAUUCUGAUGAUAGAUUGUGUCAUAGAAUAACAAACUGAUUUGUUGUUUUUAGACCCAUACUGUCUCAACUUGAGGUAAGGUCCAGCUACAGAACACAAUUUAAAGUUGUGUGAUCCUUGAUUUCUUGUUUAUAAAUAAUUUACGUAUGUCAUUUCAGAAUUGUGUACAUUUUAAUAAUUCGCCAUUUUGCAGCCAUUGCCUUUCUUCAAGACAUCUCAAGCGAUAUCCCGAUUUCUUAAUCCCGAUUCUUAAUCCCGAUUCUUAAUCCUGAUUAUUAGUCCCGAUUCUUAAUCCCGAUUCUUAAUCCACCCGCCUCUCUUCCCUUAAUCCUCUGUUCGGAUACACGUCCGAGUGUUUGUUAGAAAGAGACCCAUGUUUCCCACUCCUGUGGACUGCUAAAGCUUUGUAUUAAUUAAAUAGUUUACCAAGUAUUAAUGAAGGCCGCUGAUGAUUCAACACAAAGAAUAUUUCUUUUUUAAUUUGCCAGACUUUUAAAAUUAGAAAUAUCCGGGCUGUCUUGAUCUGCCGUAUAUUUAGAGAGAGAGGACCUAUAAUCAGGUUUUUAUGUUCCUGUGUUUUUUAUUAUGUUGGUAUUUCUUCUUUCAGUAACCACAUUUGUAACGUCGACAUGAACACUUUAGGAUUGGAACAUCCCAUGUUAUAAAGGCUGUAUUGAACAAGUAUGUGGAAUAUUAAAGAAAUAGAAUUGGUUUAAUUUAAAAACAGGGGUUUGAGUGUAUUUCAUAUCUUGUUGAAAUACUCUGUUUUGCCUUACUCCAAAAAUCUUAUUAUUUUGUAAAUUUCGUCGUGAUGUUUUAUAUUUAUCUUAUUAUUUAGUCAGGAGUGAUAAUUUCUUAAUGCAGAGAGAUAAAAAACAAAAACUGAAAUGUUUAUGAGAGCUGCACUUAUAAUACGAUGGUGUGUUUUGUCGUUUUCAAUUGCGAGAUGAUUUGGCUUUACAAGCCAAUUUCAAAGUUGAGAAUGGUGACCAUUAUAGAUUAAAGACCUAAGAAAGAAUAAUAGUCAAAUGAGCACAACUCUGUCUUGGUUCCUUUCGGGUACAUUCAUGUUUUUUAAAACGGGGGCCAGAAACCGGUGACCAUUUUAGAGUUAAGGCCAGUCGAAAUACUGAUUCUAUUUUGCAGAUGGUGAUUACAAGCUGCCCAAAUGGUUCAGUGACAUUCUCUUAACCUUUGUACUUAUGAACCAACCAAUUAUUUAGCUUAAAUGUAUGUUCUUGUCCCUCAACUGACCGACCCCCUCCCCCC